AUGUUAUCAUACAUAUUUUUAGUCAUCAUAUCUUUUUAUUUUUUACCCAUACAUUUCGUGGCAAGCCAGGAUAAUUCCAAUAGUAUAGCAAAUGAAACUGUUUCUAGGAAUAAUGAUAAUGACAACAAUAUUGCACCUCAGGUGACUACAAUACUUGCACCUUCUAUAUCAUCAACAUUUUAUACCCCUGCCUUAUCUACUCCCCUUUCUUCCGCAAUAACAUAUCUUUUCACUAGAUCUUCAAUAAAUAGUGCUAUGAAUCUUUUUGAUUCGUCUAGUGUUUCUAAUACACAUACCAUAAGUGUUGGCACAACUCUAUCCACUUCUCUACGAGAUUCCUCCUCAUUAUCUACUAUUGCUUCUUUUCAAAACUCUGUUUUAUCCAACAUCCAAACCUCUGAUUCUUCAGUUACUGUCUCGAUAUCUUCUUUAUCUUCGUCUACUACCCAAGCAUACACAUCAUCAUCAACAACUUUAUCAACCUCUAGUUAUCCAGCUAUUUCCUCGUCUAAUUUCAUGUUCUCAACCACGUUACCUUCAUCUUCAACUUUAUCACCGUCUUCAUCAUUAUUUUCCUCUUCAGCUCUUGUGGGAGCCAUUUCAAGUUUAAGUUUUACUUCCUCUAGUUUUUCACAAAUAUCAUCAUCUUCUUCUUCUUCUUCCUCUACUAUUAUCACUUUAUCUUCAUCCUCCACUAACUUCAUAUUAUCAUCAUCCUCAUCUAGUUCCAUUCCAUCUUCAUCCUCUACCACUUUUAUUCAGUCUACAUCUUCAUUUUCAACUUCUAUUUCGUUUUUAACCACUACUAGUUCGUCCUCAUCUUCUUUAACAUCUUCAACCUCACAAUUUUCCUCUUUUUCCUCUUAUUCAGAGAGUUCAACAACCAGGAGAUCUACGUCAACAUUAUCUCGUAGGAGUGUGACAACCACUAGUUCCACAACUCAAACCUCCGACAGCUAUUUGUCUUCUGGUAUAACAAUCACAAGUAUUAUUCAAGGUGUGACUAUCCUGUCAAAUCAUUACACAACAAUUACUCUAUCCCCAACCGUUUCAUCGAAUGCGCAUUCAAACUUAAAUCGAUCUUCGAAUCAUGGAUUAUCCAAAAAAAAUAAAAAGAUUGUAUUGGGUUGCUGUUUGGGUAUAGGAAUCCCACUUCUCUUAGUUUUCCUAUGUUUGAUCUAUUAUUUCUUUAUUAGACAAAGAAAAGAAAGUUAUAUCAAUUCAGAUGGCCAGAUAGUGACGACAUUUAAAGCUAACCCAUUGUUACAGUUAUGGAAUCAAAUAAUUGGUAAGCAUCCAGACACUAAUAUUAUAACUACAAAUUUAUCCAAUAAGAAUAAAAGAUUAUCAAAAUCUAAUGCAAAUUCUAAACGUAGUAGUACCAUCGAUGAAAUAAGUAAUGCCGAUAUAAAUAACCAUGCACAUCAUCAUUUAACAGGUUCUCCAUUAAAUCAAAGUGAUAAAUUUUAUCACAGUAGCACAUCUGAUGAUGAUGCAUUCGAAAUAUCGCUAAGUGAUUCAAGCGAUAACAACAAUAAUUAUAAUAACUUAAAAGAAAAACGAGCAUCAUCUAAUUCAGAUCCGUUGAACAACCAGACAAUGUUUUCUGAUGAAAGUUUACCUGAUAACAUGUACACUAGAUUCAUAGAAAGGUUUGAUAACGGUUCAUAUAAUGGCAGUGACAAUAUUCCUAAUAAUGAUAAUGAUAAUCAUGAUGCAUAUUAUUUUGGUGAAAAUGACGAUGGAGAUAAUGAAGAUUAUAGUUCACAUAGAGUUUUAAACGUUACAAAUUAUUAA